AAUUGGUCGCGGUCGCGGUCGGGGCGCAGGAGCUGGUGUCAGGGUUGCCGGGCGUGCGAAGGCGGCGGAGGCGGGAAAGGCAGCGAGCGGUUGAAGGGGAGCAACCGCAGACUUGCAGAGGAGCUCGGAGGAGAGAUGGUGAUGGCGGCUAAGAAGGGCCCGGGCCCGGGUGGCGGGGUCGGAGGGAGCAAAGCGGAGGCUGAAGCGGCUUCGGAGGUGUGGUGCCGCCGAGUGCGGGAGCUGGGCGGCUGCAGCCAGGCCGGGAACCGCCACUGUUUCGAGUGUGCCCAGCGCGGGGUCACCUAUGUGGACAUCACCGUGGGCAGCUUCGUCUGCACCACCUGCUCCGGCCUCCUGAGAGGCCUGAACCCCCCACAUCGAGUCAAGUCCAUCUCCAUGACAACCUUCACUGAGCCUGAAGUCUUGUUCCUCCAGUCUCAUGGGAAUGAGGUUUGCCGCAAGAUCUGGCUGGGUCUCUUUGAUGCUCGGACAUCGCUGAUACCCGAUUCCAGGGAUCCUCAGAAGGUGAAGGAGUUCCUCCAGGAAAAAUACGAGAAGAAAAGAUGGUACGUCCCCCCGGAGCAAGUCAAAGGACCCUCUUAUAGCAAAGGCAAUGCCUCUACGCCUGUCCAGGGCUCUGUACCAGAAGGGAAGCCCGUGCGGACACUUCUGGGAGAACCUGUGCCAUCUCUCUCUGAUGCUGCUUCCUCUUCGAGCCAGUCCCAGGUUCGUACAGCCCAGGCCAGAAGCUCCCAGCCUCCUUCCCAGUCGUCCACCAAGAAAGCCAGCACCGACCUGCUGGCCGAUAUCGGCGGGGACCCCUUCGCUGCUCCCCAGGCGGCUCCAGCCUUUGCUGCCUUCCCAGCCUUUGGAGGCCAGACUCCUUCCCAUGGGGGCUUCGCCAACUUCGAUGCCUUCAGCAGCAGCCCCAGCACUUCGGCCUUCGGGAGCCUCCCCGCAUCGGUCCAGACUCCAUUCCAGGCUCAGCCAGCCCCUGCAGCAGCCAGCCGGAUGCUAACUGGAAGUUACAGCUUUGGGAGCGGCCAGAUGUCUGCAUUUGGUGCUGCUCCUCUUGCGGCUGGCACCCAGCCCAGCAGCCUCGCAGAUGUGGGUGGCCUCCUGGGACCCAGGGUGGCAGCUGGAGGUCUCCCUGGCAGUGUUUUCGGGAUACCCAGCCAGGUCCCUGCGUUACAGUCGUCUGUGCCAGGCGUUAGUGGCAAUGCAGCGCUCACCUUUGGAGCCUUCACCAACCCCUUCGCCACCCCUGCCCAACCCCAGCUGCCUUCUACCAACCCAUUCCAGCCCAAUGGCCUGGCCUCGGGGCCUGGCUUCGGGAUGAGCGGUGUUGGGCCUGGCCUCCUUCAGCCGGUGCCACCCACCGGGGCAUUCGCCAGCCCCUUUCCUGCCCCGAUGUUCCCCGCACAGGCUGCACUGACUGAGCAGCAGAACGGCUCUUCCUUUGGCGACUUGGGAACCUCCAAACUGGGGCAGAGGCCUCUGAACCAGGCGACUGGGAUCUCCACUAAUCCCUUCAUGACUGGAUCCUCAGCAUUUGCCUCCAAACCUCCAACCACAAACCCAUUCUUGUAGCACUGUGUCCUUGGGGGAAGAAGGGGCUCCCCCAUCCUUUGUGGAGGAGGCUCUGACAUCCCCUGAGAGCCCUGGUGACCAUCUGCCUGUGGGGCAUCUCUGUGGGUCUGAGGCUGGGGUUGGGCCUGCUUUGCAGGGUUAGGGACCUGGGAAUGGGAGGUGCUGACACGGGGCUUGUGGAUGAAUCAGACUGCGGCCUCCUGGCCUGCUGCCCAGAGGCUUCCUCCCUGCUCGCUGUCACCUACCCAGGAAGGAGCCCAGAAGGAGCGAAGAUACCCUUGCCAGGAGGCCCCACAGUGGGUAUUUCUGUCAAAUUAUUGAGUCUGAAGACGGGUCUCUAUCUUGUCCCUCCUGGGCUGGAGUGAGAGAAGUCAGGCGCAGCCCCCAUGGCAGCCUUCCCCGCCCCAGGGAGCUGCUGCUCCAGGCCCAGCUUCCAAAGCUGCCUCACUUCUCCCAGAUAGAAGCAGCGCCGGGAAUGUAGGGUAAAGAUGAGGCUUGGUGUUGACAGCCUCCAGACAGUCCUGGAACUGGGAAGCUUCUGGUGUCCAGUCCUUUUGUUUUCCUGGCUCAGCCACACCCUCUUUUUCCACCCUCAUCCUCCCUCCCAGGCAGCCCCUAUGCUAGCACUCAGGACGGGGAGCUUUAUCCACAGAGCACGCGUGCCCGGCUCCUGUCAAGCACUUUAGUUAGCCCUGUCGUGUUUGGAUACCAGUGUUUUAUAUUUAUAAAUAGAGAAUUUUCUAAUAUAGCCUAUUAUAUACAUACAUAUAUAUAUAUAUAUGCACACACAUAUGUAAACAGAUAGACUCCCAGCCAUUCUUCCUCUCCCAGACAACCCUUUAACUCGGGUAUGGAGCUGGGCUUGCUGCGGGCCUGUACUCCUAGAACUUGAGGGACUAAGAUAGGAGGAUCAUGAGUUCAUAGCUAGCCUGGGCUAGAGAGUGAGUUGAAGGCUGAUCUGGGCAAUUUAGCAAGACUGUCUCAAAAAGGUAAGAAGUAAAAAAGAGGGCUCAGGAUAUUGUUGGGUGAUAGAGUCAAGCCUAGAAUCCCCCAGUGAGGGGCUGGGGUAUGGCUCAGUGGCAGAGCCCCUGCCUAGAAUCCCCCAAUGAGGGGCUGGGGUGUGGCUCAGUGGUAGAGCAUAGUGGUAGAGUAGGAUUCUCCUGCAAACUUGAGGAAUAGAGUAACCCAUCUGUGCCUGGAUAAUAAAACCUGGAGCCCAAGGGGUAGAGGAAGGACAACCAAGUGUCCUCAUUCUCCACAACACACACAAACACACAUGAAGAGUACCCAAGGCCUAGGCUUUUCCAGUGGAAGGUCUGUGAUUGGCUGGGGCGUUUGUUCUUUUCUUCCUCCACAUUCCUCCCGCUGCUCCCAAAGAUCUGCACCAAAGCUUGUUUGGAGGCAAUGUUGGAAAAGUCUGCAUUUGAAAGAAGAAAAAAAAAGUG